AGGCCAGUCAUGCCGUUCAAUACAUGGAAGAACAGAAGAUAAGGUAAGUGCGUGCCCAGGGGGUACCCAAGUAAUUGCGUCAACAACACUCCACAGAUCUCUCUUUUCCUCUUUCAUACUCGAAAUCCUUUUCGGCCACGAAAGCUAUCAUUCCAUCACCAUCUCGCCCAGCUCAUUUCCGCAUCAAUUGAUUGCAUUCGGCAAGAAGAAAUAGCCGCAGCAAGAUAAGCAGCAAAAGAAGAGGCAUUUCCAUUACAAAACCACCUCCUUUUAUCCUCUCUCUUCCCAAAAAGGUUCCAAUACACAGGGAGCGAGAAAAAGGAAAGAAAGAGCCAAACGGCCACUUGUAACACCCACCAUUCCAAGAGUGAUGAGUACAUAAAGAAGGGAGGAGGAAGCAACGGGUAGUUAGCACAGCUACUGUAGUAGAAGAGCAGGUGGAAGAGGAGGAGGAGGAGAGGAAGGAGAAAGGAUGGAUUUUAGCUCCUUCGUGACGUCGCUGGGGACGUCCCUCAUCAUCUUUGUGGUGUUGAUGCUAGUGUUCACAUGGCUGAACAGGAAGCCCGGCAACGCGGUCAUCUACUACCCCAACCGCAUCCUGAGGGGCUUGGAUCCCCUGGAAGGGCGGACGGUGACGAGGAACCCCCUGACUUGGAUCAAGGAGGCCGUAAAAGCGUCCGAGGCCGACGUCAUCGCCGUCGCCGGCGUCGACGCCGCCGUCUACCUGGUCUUCCUCAGCUCCGUUUUAGCGAUAUUGGUCUUCUCCGGAAUUAUUCUUCUUCCAGUUCUUCUUCCGGUUGCGGCAACUGAUAAUGGUACACGAUCUACUAUCGACAGCAACAGCCAGGGAACCUUCAAGAACCUUGACAAGUUAACGAUGGGACAUGUCAAAGAGGGCAGUUCAAGGUUGUGGGCAUUUCUGCUUGGAGUAUAUUGGGUUUCCUUUGUCACAUACUAUGUGCUCUGGAAAUCCUACACACAUGUUUCAGAUCUGAGAGCUGGAGCAAAAACAAGUGCAGUAGUAAAACCUGAAGAGUUUGCCAUAUUGGUCAGGGACAUACCAGCAGCUCCUCCAGGUCAAUCUAUGAAGGAUCAUGUUGACUCAUACUUUAGAGCACUUCAUCCAGAAACAUUCUACAAGUCAAUGGUUGUCACAGAUAACAAAACGGCCAACAAAAUCUGGGAAGAGAAAGAAGGUUACAGAAAGAAACUUGCUCGAGCUGAAGUUGUGUAUGCAGAAUCUAAAACUACAGGGAAACCAGAAGGUACAAGGCCCACCAACAGAACUGGCUUUCUCGGUCUCGUAGGUCCAAAAGUUGAUACCAUUGAUCACUGUAAUGAGAAAAUACAGGAAUUGCUGCCUAAAUUAGAGGCUGAACAAAAGAUCACUCUAAAAGAGAAACAACAAGGUGCAGCUCUUGUUUUCUUCAGCAGCAAGCCUGCUGCUGUUUCUGCUAGCCAGACGAUCCAUGCUCAAAAGAUUGAUACAUGGACUAUGAUGGAAGCUCCAGAGCCACAGCAGGUUCUGUGGACAAAUUUGUCAAAGAAGUUCUACGAGAGAGAGAUAAGAUCUUUGAUUGUCUAUGGCAUAGUCUUCCUCACCGUAUGCUUCUACAUGAUCCCAAUUGCGUUUGUCUCGGCCUUUACAACGAUGGAAAACUUGAAGAAGUAUCUGCCCUUUUUGAAGAAAAUAGUAGAUCAACCAGAGAUCAAAACUGUUUUGGAAGCUUACCUGCCUCAAAUCGCACUCCUAGUGUUCAUGGCUUUGUUGCCAACUUUCCUUAUGUAUCUAUCAAAGGAAGAAGGAAUACCCUCUGAGAGUCAUGCAGUGCGAGCUGCCUCUGGGAAGUACUUCUACUUCAUUGUCUUCAAUGUCUUCCUUGGAGUAACAAUUGGUGGGACAUUGUAUGGUUCACUAAAGGAAAUUAUUAAGAAACCCAGUCAAAUUAUCACUCUGCUUGGAUCGAGCCUCCCUAAAAGUGCCACCUUCUUCCUCACCUAUGUUGCACUGAAAUUCUUCGUUGGCUAUGGGCUUGAACUUUCGCGUUUGGUUCCUCUUAUCAUCUUUCAUCUCAAAAAGAAGUAUCUUUGUAAAACUGAAGCCGAGGUGAAAGAGGCUUGGGCUCCUAGUGAUUUUGGUUAUGCUACUCGAUUUCCCAACGACAUGCUUAUCGUCACAAUUGUUCUCUGUUACUCAGUAAUAGCUCCUAUAAUAAUUCCGUUUGGUGUGGUGUACUUUGGCCUCGGUUGGCUUGUUGCACGUAAUCAGGCACUGAAAGUUUAUGUCCCUCGGUAUGAGAGCAAUGGCCGAAUGUGGCCUCACAUGCAUGCACGGAUUGUUGCAGCUCUGAUUGUCUAUCAGAUCACCAUGCUUGGCUACAUUGGCAUAUUGCGGAAAUUCUAUUACGCUCCGUUUCUGAUUCCUGUUAUCGCCAUCUCCUUUAUCUUUGCUUAUGUGUGCAAACAGCGUUUCUAUCUUGCCUUCUUCCACACUCCUCUUGAAGUAGCGUGCGAGGGUACAAAGGAAAUCCCAAAUAUGGAAUCCAUAUAUGCAGCUUACAUUCCACCUUGCUUGAGCACCGAGAAGCUUCAUGAUGCCGACCAAUUCGAGGAUGCUCACUCGCAUUCGUUGAGAACUACAUCUUUAUAAGGAAUGCUUCAUCAGGAAAUCCUUGCCUAUCUGAGAAGCCAGAAGUUUCACCAGCGAAAUGCAUCUCCUUGUUGUAUAUGUGAUUGUAUUAUGUUUUCUGUUUGUAGAUGAUAAAAUUCCCCAUGAGUUGGUAUUGAUUGUAGUAGUGAGUGAUACUUUUCUUUUCUUCCUUCCCUUCUUUCCGUUUGUAGAUGCUGUUGAUAAAACGUUUCCCAUGGCUUAAUUAUACACAAUCUGAUAUGUUUGUGCUA